AUCUUGAAUUGAUCGAAGAAGUAUUUUAGCUCUAAUAUUAAGUACGUAGUAGUAGAUCAGUUGGAAUAAGUUUGUUUAGGCAUUUUACAAUGAUGAAGCCAGUGGCAACCGCAGCAGCACCAGCAGCGGCUGAGGCAUAUGGUGUUCCCCUGGUGAGCGUUGUAGGGGAUUUUUUCUGUGUCCCUUACCCUGUGGAGCUAAUAGUGAAGAAAAAAAGCCACAAUUUGUUUGAUUCAAAAUACGAAGCUUUAGAUGCUAAUGGAAAUCUUUACUUCCACGUCAAUGGUUCGUCUCAUAAUUUCGAGAAAAAGAGGGUCAUGCGUGAUGCUGCUGGUUUUCCUCUUCUUAACAUGCGCGAGAAGGCAUUGUCAUCACGUCAUCGGUGGACGAUUUAUCGAGGAGAAAGCUCGGAACAAAAUAACAUGAUAUUCAGCGUUCGAAGAUCGAGUUCUUUCCAGCUAACGAAAUUUCGACACAAAGUUUUCCUACCCAAUAAUCUCAAUGAAGAUGUUCCAAACUUUCAGAUUGUUGAAUCCAACUCACCAUCUUGGUCUUAUAAAGUUUACAAAGGCGAAACUCUCAUUGCUGAGUUUAAAUUCGUCUUCUCGUGGGAGAACAUUGCCAAAGGUACUAAAAAGCUUGCACUCAAAAUUUAUCCAGGCGUAGAUUACGCUUUUAUUGUCGCAUUAGUUGUGAUCCUCUACGAAAAUGAUAUUACAUGUAUUUAAUUAUAUAGAACAUAUAUAUGCAUGAUUGUAAUUUAAUGUAGUAUAGAGUCAAGUCAACUAUUAUUAUACAUAUAACAUACCUAUGCUGUAUACAUCGUUUCAAGUAAGCCUCACAUUGUAUCCUGUAUUUACAUUACUAAUAACAUGUUAGUUAGGGUGUCGUGCUUGUAAUAAACGUUUUCAAUAUUUUAUCUUACAUUCAUUAUCUAUCACUCGAAUCUAAUCAAUACUAUCACCGAUAACAAACAAUCCAUCGCUGAAACUUAUAUUCGAUGGGAUAAUGUCAAGUAGCUUUCUAUUUAAAAGAAAACUAGAAUCAAACUUUUGUUUCAAAAGAGAAAUCAUAAUAUCAUUAGAAGUAUGCAAUUAUCUACUAUUGCUGUAGAACAUAGUGUGUCUAUAAGUGCUGGAGCCACUACUACAAAAACCCCCUUUAGAGGCGGUUUUUAAGCCCUUUCAGCGUCGGUUUUCGCGAAAUUCGCUACCGACGCUGAUCAGGGCGACGCUAAAGGGUUUAUAAAAACCGACGCCAUAUGUACCCC